UUUGACGCUGUAAGCCGGCGUCAAGCAUCAACCUAAAAUUGCACCUUAAGAUAAAUAGCAACCAUAAAUAACUGUCAAAAAUUUUUUGAUAUGGCGUCUAAGGGCAAACAGGAUCAUCAUGUAUUAUUACUCUAUUUAAAGAGUGGUUUUUGUUAUUAUUCUUUAUUUAAUUGACUGUAUAAGUUAUAAUUAAAAAUGCCUCAAACAUGUCUUGUACUCGAUUGCGGAAGCCGUUCCAACAGGGAUGAUGUGAGGUUUUUUUCAAUACCCGCUGAAUUGAGCUUUAGAUUUGUUAAAGAAAAAAACGAAUUAUCAAAGAAACGGAGAGCGCUCUGGAUAGCAGCAAUUAAUCGAGAUGAUCUCACGGAAUCUAAACUAAAGAACCAGAGGGUUUGCAGUAAACAUUUUAUCACAGGAAAGCCUGCUGCUUUAGAGGAGUACAGUCAUCCUGACUGGAUUCCGUCUCAAAAUAUGGGACGCAAUUCUCCAAAAGUUGAAAGACAAUCUGACGAUGAGAAUAUUUUAUACACAAAAAGAUUUAAAAGUGGUAAGUUUAUUAAACUUGAUGAAUCAAAUAUCACGGUACAUGUUGAGACUGGUAUCGCGUCUCAAACGGAUCUUACCAUGAAUGAUCUUUACUUGAAAUUCGAUCAACUCAGUUGCGCUACAAGAAAAAUGGAAGAUUUGGAAAAAAAAUUGGACAUGUCACCGUUUGGUCUUCGGGAGGAGACCAGCAACGAUUUGAAGUGGAAGUAUUAUACAGGUUUCACCUACAACGUUACAUUUUAUAUUAUUUUCAAAACUAUCGAAACUAGUAUCACUACCCAAAGUACUAACGCCCUUAGUAGCUUUAAUCAGUUGCUGCUAGCUCUUAUUAAAUUGAGGUUGAAUUAUGAUUUUUGCGAUUUAGCUUGGCACUUUAAAAUUUCCCCGACCUCCAGUUUUACAUAUUUCGAAAACAUUUUGAAUAUUCUUUAUACCAAAUUCAAGCAUUUAAUAAGAUUCCCGGACCGUUUAGUGGCACAAAAAAAUAUACCUUCUUGUUUCGGAGAAGCUUUUCAAGACAAAACGACCGUUAUUGUAGAUUGUUUCGAAUUUUUUAUCGAAAAACCGCACCAACAACAGUAUUGGUCGAAAAACAAACACGACAACAUUAUAAAAUUUUUAAUAGGGUUCACUCCACAGGGAACGGUUAGUUACGUUAGUAAAGCUUGUGAAGGGACGGCUACAGACGAAGAAAUCGUUGCGAAUAGUGAUUUUUUGAAUUAUAUUUCACCGGGCGACGUUGUUUUAGCGAAUAGGGGGUUUUUAAUUGAAGAUACUUCUGAGGAUUCAUCAAUAAAUUGUGAUAUACAAGUUUUUAUAAAGAUUAAGGAUCAAUUACAUCCUUUGGAUAUAGAGCUAACUAGAAACGUUUCCCAUGUUAGAAUUCACGUUAAGAAAAUUGUCGGAAUGAUGAAAAAUAAAUUUAAAAUUGUCAAAGAUACCAUACCGAUUAGUUUGAUUAAAAAAGGAAGUAAUCCGGAAGAUUGCGAUAUAUUGGACAAAAUAGUAGUUGUUUGUUGCGCUUUGAUGAAUUUAUGUUCUCCUAUUGUCCCUCUUUGAUGUAUAAAGAAUUGUACCGGCUCGAAUUGUGCUCUUUUGACCCUGCAUCUACUUUUCGGUCUUCCUGGCACUAUUUUCUCGUUCUCCAUUUUGUAAUUAUACUUUUCCGCUAUCGUUUUUUCAUUUUUUUGAUGUGUGUCCGCUUUUAUCCACCAUAUACCCUACGUCCUGCAAGAAUUAUGUGUCUCGUCACGUAUUUUGUGUCAUUCUUGUUGCUUAUCUCAAUUAAAAGUGUACUUCGAAGCUGAGGUCACUUAACUGUACUAUUUUGUUUCUUCCAUUUCCAUUAUUUUCAAUCUUCUUUAUCCUGCCUCUCUCUAAACAUGUUCACCAAUCGUAUUAACUUUUGGGGUCCUUUCAACUGUUCUAUAUCCUCUAUUAUUGUCGUCCUUUUCAGAUUGUCACAUGCUUACUUUUGAGAUACCCUCAGUUGUUCCACGUCCUCUAUAAUUAUGCCCCUUUCAGAUUCAAAUGCUUACUUUUGGGGUACUUUCAGUUGUUCCAUAUCCUCCUUUUCAGACUGUCACAUGUUUACUUUUGGUCCACUUUCAGUUGUUUAACUUGCUCUAUAAUUGUCCUCCUUUUCAAUCUGUCGAGUGCUUACUUUUGGGGAGAAUUGAAUGAUAGGUUUUAUUAUGGUCGUAUUAUUUUCGUGAGAUGGAGGUUUUGCUGAAAAAGGAAAAGAAAAAAUUUAAAAAAAUAAUUGUUGGUUACAUUUUUAUUGAUUCAACUUUUUGAUUAGGUUAGGUUAACUUAAACUUUAAUUAGGGUUGGUUUAUUUUAGCUUAAAUUAAAUUUGGUUUACUUUUUUUUUUGAUUAAACUAGAUUUUCUUUAGCUUAGUUUGGGAUUUACUUCAGCUUUAUUUCAGUUUCAAUUUGGGUUUACUUUAGCUUAAAUUUUGUUAAACUUACUUUAGCUUCGACGAGGCUAGGUUCAAUUAAGUUUCGAUUAGGUUAGGUUCACUUUAACUUGGAUACAGUUAACUUCGAUUGAUUAUAAGUUUAAAAUACCUUCUAAAAUACAUCAUAACCCCAUUUUAUUGUGUAAGGUUAAAGCAACUUGGAGAUCUUUUCCCACUACGUAUAUUUUAAUAAUAAUAAAUAAAUAAAAAUAAAUAAAAAAUCAGAUCUGCAGUAAUAAGCUGAUAUUAAUUUUGGAUUUUGUAUCUUAUUCACCCUGUAUAUCGAUAUUUUUAUUAAAAGACUUUUGCCAGAUAUGUCGAUGUUAACCAAAUAAAUGAAAUACAAAUAAUUGAAAAAA